UUGGUUGUGAUUUCAUAUUAUUUAAUCAAGAAAAUAUUUAAAAAUGAGUGAUUCAAAGAAAAGAAUGAGAACCACCACCGAUAUAAAAGAUAAAGUGAAGGCAGUUGAGCUCGUCCGCAGUGGAGAAUCUAUUGCUUCGGUAGCAGCAAACUAUCGUGUGAACAGAACAACUGUUGUGAGGUGGACACAAAAUUACGCUGACUUGAAAGCCAGUCUUCAAAAUUUUUCCGGAAAGAAGAGCCGAAGACCUGAAGAUCAUCCCAAGACCUCUGAAGCUUUAUCCCUGUGGUAUUUUUACAUGAGAGACAAGGGUAAGUCGGAAGCAAUCAUUUGCUGCCGGGCUUGUUUUCUGACAUGCCUUUCCUCUCAGGAGUUCCUAUGCAGGGAUAUCUUCUUCAGGAAAAAGCUAGACAGUAUCAUCAAAUCUUCAAGGAUGGCCGAGAGAAUUUCUGUGCAAGUGCCGGAUGGCUGGAUCGGUGGAAAAAGAGACUUGGAAUUCGCCAGCUUGCUGUGUGUGGAGAAUCUCUCUCCUCAAGAGAAGAUCAGCUUCCGGAAUUCAUGGAACGAUUCCAAAAUAUAGUCCAGGAAGAAGGAUUGUCGUAUGAGCAGCUGUACAAUGCUGAUGAGACCGGGCUUUACUGGCGGAAGCUGCCGAACAAAACACUUGUAGAGAAAGACAGAAAGUCCGCACCAGGGUUUAAAGUCAGUAAGGAAAGGGUGACAGUACUGGCUUGUGCUAACGCAUCAGGAAGUCACAAGCUUCCAUUGUACGUGAUCGGCAAAUCAGCAAGACCCCGCUGUUUCAGAAACCUGCAAAAUGUGGAAGAAGAACUUGGUGUGAAGUACGGGGGACAGAAUGCCUGCUGGAUGACGAAAGUUUCUUUCUGGGACUGGUUUUUCAACGAUGCUGUUCCCCAAAUAGAAGAACAUCUUGAUAAAUGCGGACUUCCACGAAAGGCAAUUUUGCUUUUAGAUAAUGCCCCAGUUCACCCAGCAGCAGAAGAGCUCGUUUCUGGAGGAAUCAAAGUACUGUAUCUGCCACCCAACUGCACUGCGACGGUUCAACCCAUGGACCAAAACGUGUUGGAGGCUUUAAAAAAAAAAUACAGACGUUCCUUCAUCAGAUUUCUUCUUCGAGAGCUGGAGGACGGAGAUGAUCUCAUGUCAGCAAUCAAGAAAGUUAAUCUUCUUCGAGCGAUCCAUUGGCUCAGAGAUGCAUGGGAUGAAGUCGAAAGAAAAACGAUUGUGAGAAGCUGGAAGAAUUUGCUGGCAGAAACGUUCGCACAAGUUGAUCAGGAAAGUACACUUCAAGGAAAUGAAGCCAGACUCUCCGAUGAAUUCAUUGACUUCUGCCAAUUGAUGGAAUCUUUUCCUGUCUCUAAACAGCUGUCACAAAAAGACAUUCAGGAAUGGUUUAUUGAUCAUAUGGUUUUGACUAAUAAAGAAAUCAUCGAGAUCGUUAGAGAGACAUUCGGAGAUCCUCCAGAAAGUCCAUUCGAAGUUCAGAGAACUGAACAGGUCACAAAUGAAAAUGAGCAGAACAUUUCUUUGGAGAAAGGAGUGAAAAUCCUCGAGAAAGCUCUAAUGUUUGCAAAGCAGGAAAGGCAGUGUGAUCCCCGAAUUUCCAUGCUUCAGGAAAUGAAAAAUGAAACAGUUAUUAAAAUGAUGAAUGUCCAGUAAAUAGUCAUGCAGUCAAAGAUUUUAUUGUUAAAUUAAUUUUUUUUUGUUUUGAAUAA